GGUCCUGGGCCCGUGGGGUCCGCAGCCGGCCGCCGGUCUCCGAGGGUGAGCGCGUCCGAGGCUCCGGUGCGCACGACCUUUCCCGGAGUCGGUCGCCACGCCCGCCCCUCCUCCCCGGCCGCCUUGCCCGCACAGCGACGGGCCAGCGAUGGGCCUGGGCCCCGAGGCUGCAGUGUGACCGUGGUUUCUGACCAUGAACUCUUCUGGAGGAAGGAGGCAGGAAGCAGCAAGGCCCACGGGUAGAAAGGCUCACAGACCCCGGGAGCAGGACCCAGAUGUGCAACUGUCCAAGGCUCUGUCAUACGCCUUGCGCCACGGGGCCCUGAAGCUGGGCCUUCCCAUGGGGGCUGAUGGCUUUGUACCCCUGGACACCCUUCUGCAGCUGCCCCAGUUCCACAGCUUCUCCACUGAAGAUGUGCAGCGUGUGGUGAACACCAACAGGAAGCAGCGCUUCACUCUGCGGCCAGGAGAUCCCAGAACUGGCCCCCUCAUCCGAGCCAACCAGGGCCACUCCCUGCAGGUACCCGAGUUGGAGCUGAUGCCUCUGGAGACGCCACAAGCUCUGCCUCUGGUACUAGUACAUGGUACAUUCUGGAAGCACUGGCCAUCCAUCCUGCUCAAGGGCCUGUCAUGCCAGGGAAGGACACACAUCCACUUGGCUCCAGGACUGCCUGGAGACCCUGGCGUCAUCAGUGGCAUGCGCCCAAAUUGUGAAGUGGCUGUGUUCAUCAAUGGACCGCUGGCCCUGUCAGAUGGAAUCUCCUUCUUCCGCUCUGCUAACGGGGUGAUCUUGACUCCAGGGAAUGCUGAUGGCUUCCUGCUUCCCAAGUACUUCAAGGAGGCCCUGCAGCUGCGCCCCACCCGAAAGCCUCUCUCCUUGGCUGGUGAUAAAGAGACAAAGUAGCAGAGUGGCCCCAAGCACAGCCUGAGAGGAAGGAGGAUGAUCCAACAAUAAAAUAUUUAUUUAUUUAAAAAACUCUAAAAAAGUAUCAAGAAACUCUAGUUUGAAACCAA